AUGGACAAGGACAGAUUUGAGCCUGAAAUAACCUCUCUGGUACGUCGCUACAGCGAAAAGGUGGCAGAAGAGAUGCCACAUGAUCCACUGGCCCAAUCCCUUGGUACAUGGGCGAAAGAUGAAAGAACAAAGGAGAAUGAAGAUACAGAAUGGCAAGAAUGGCUUCGGUUCAAACGACCUGCGAACGAGUCCGAUUCGGCACUUUUACAAAGACAAUGUGAGGAAGUAGCCAAGACAUGGGAGCAGUUCAAGAAACACUUUCCCAACCUCAGCCUACUAGAAGGUGUUUCUUCUUUACCGACUAUAGAGUCUCUCCAGGAGGAAGUGUGCGAGGCGCAAGCUAAAUGGGCCGCGAAGAAGGAGAAGGGCUUCGGUAAAGCCAAGGAUCACACAAUGUCUUUCCUAGAGACACUGGAAGGGCACAAAGCGCUCUUUAGCGUCAUUCCCAGUGGAGAUAAAUACACCAGUCUAUUCACUGGGGUAAUAUCCUCUGUUGUCAAGGCCUCCGUGAACUACGAACACAUCGCAGAAGGCUUCUCGCGCGCGCUAGCAGACAUGAGCGCUGACCUAAGAUUCGUGCAAGAGAGCACCGCCAUAUCGAGUAGCCCGCAAAUGAAGGAGCUUAUCGUGGAGCUCUACGUCCAAGUCUUCAAAUUUCUGUGCGAGAUGAUGACGUGGUACUCGAGUCCAGGUAUGCGCUUCAGAAAGGCAUUCAACAGUAGGUUCUACGACAAGCAAAUCGACAGCCGAGUCAAAGACAUCAGACUCCUCAUCAAACGUGUGGAGAGAGAGACAUCUAUCCAAACACAGAGACGUGUCAAAGUUCUCAAGCACGAUAUCAGAGGCGACGUAGAGUAUAUAGCCGAAAAGAACCGUCGCCAGCUAGAACAGUUUGUUGAUAGAAGAUUUUCUGAGUUGGCGGAAUCUAUGAUGCAAAUAAGCCUUGGCCGGAAUGCAGCCGGAUUGCUUUCGUCCAACGCACAAAGGAUGUUGCCAGAGUUUCGAGACAAAUUACUCAGCGAUGAAGAGAAGACAAUACUUGCAGGUAUAUACUCACGUAUGGAAAUCCCUGAGGAUGAUGGUGGGCAAAGCCCGCCGCCGGGGUUUGCACAGAAAGCUAUUCUUUCCCCAAGUUUUGAAGCACCUGAAGCCGCGAAGCAGAACAGGAGUGACAUACAGAGUUAUUUCGGAUCUGCCGAGAGGUAUGCGGAAGACGACAAAACCGUGGUCAGGAAAGAACUUCAGAGCUUCAAGGCGAGACAGGCACGGAUACCGGAAGAGAUCAUAGACCGAUUACGAACCUGGGUCUUGAGCCCCAAACAGGAGUCAGGGCAAGCGAGCGUCCUCUGGAUCGAAGACGCCGGGAUUGAGGGCUCCGAGGAGCCUUUGAGAGUUGCCGCAUACCAUAUCUACGAAGCAAGCUCCGGCGUGGAUAUACCUGCGGUGGCGUUCUUUCACAAGCGAGAGUAUUCGUUCCAGGACAAGGGCAUUUCGAGACACAGGGCUGGAACCGUGGCCUUGCUCUAUUCCUUGAUCCAACAGCUCUUACCAUUGAUGCCAGACGAAGUCGAUGAGCAAUGGAGCCUUGAAAAGAAGAGUUUCAAGAGGCUAGAUAUCGAUAUAAGGGAUUUGGAAGAGACGAGCAAAGGCGUCAAGACAGCACUCCAAAUCUUAGAGGCUCUAUUGGAGCUGGCCCCAUCCGCAAUCAUAUUCGUCAUUGAUGGAGUCGAGAAGAUCGAACAUCAGAAGAACAUCGCUGAGCUGAGGCAGCUAGACCAUUUGCUUAGGACCAAGGGAGACGUUUCGAGGCGGAAGAUCCUCUACGUUACAAGUGGAGCUUGUGUCUUCUUAGAUAGAGUCACACACCCCGUCACGGAGCGGGCAAAUACUGUGAGACUAGUACAGGCGAGACGGAGGAGCCCCAUGCCGGGGUCAGUGGGUCUUGAUGAAGCUCAUCUAUAA